GCUCUCAGCCAACGCUCACCGCCAUACCCCCAUCCGCGGGAACGCUCCCUCCUCCAGUCGAAAAAGGCGGGGUCUCCGAGGGCACUCCCGCCACACAGCGCGAAUUGAGCCUCUGGGCUUUCUGGGAAUUGUAGUUUUUGUCCCCAUGCAUCUUUUUUAUUCGGGCCAGUAUGCAGUGAAUCAGAAAACUACAGCUCCCAAAGUGCCCCGGGGCGGCGACCGGCCACAACGGUGACGACUGUGGUAGAGAAGCCCUGGAGGGGCUCUGCGUUCUGGAGUGGCACUGCUUGGGCCGGUGGCGGAUUGCACGCUGCUGGUGUUGCGGCUGAGGAGAGCGGCGAGAGGGUUCCACGUUUCUCGUCGGGAUCCCCGCAAGCAUGAGUGCUGCCAGAGAGUCUCACCCGCACGGGGUGAAGCGUUCAGCCUCCCCAGACGACGAUCUGGGAUCUAGCAAUUGGGAGGCAGCAGACUUGGGUAAUGAAGAGAGAAAACAAAAGUUCUUGAGACUUAUGGGUGCAGGAAAGAAAGAACAUACUGGUCGUCUUGUUAUAGGAGAUCACAAAUCAACAUCUCACUUCCGAACAGGGGAAGAAGACAAGAAAAUAAAUGAAGAACUGGAGUCUCAAUAUCAGCAAAGUAUGGACAGUAAAUUAUCAGGAAGAUAUCGGCGACAUUGUGGACUUGGCUUCAGUGAGGUAGAAGAUCAUGAUGGAGAAGGUGAUGUGGCUGGAGAUGAUGAUGAUGACGAUGAUGAUUCACCUGAUCCUGAAAGUCCAGAUGACUCUGAAAGCGAUUCAGAGUCAGAGAAAGAAGAAUCUGCUGAAGAACUCCAAGCUGCUGAGCACCCUGAUGAAGUGGAGGAUCCCAAAAACAAAAAAGAUGCAAAAAGCAAUUAUAAAAUGAUGUUUGUUAAAUCCAGUGGUUCAUAACUCCCAAACACUUAGUCUUUGUAUUAAAAGUAAGCCUUAUUGUUAUAAUGCACAGUGGAGGACUGCUUAUAGAGCACAGACCUUUGUAUUAUAAUUUUUAAAAGGCCCUUUUAAAUAAUUACAAAGAGUGUUUGCUUUCAAAUGCCAUGGGUUACACUUUUAUGGGCAUGACUAUAACCAUUUUUGUAAAGAGUAAGAGUUGUAUAAAAUAAGAAAUAAAUACAGUACUCAACUUCCUUUGAUAUUAUCAUCAUCCCUCUAAUUUCAUCACCUUAUGGGGGAGACCCUUCUUUUUUUUUGUGGUAGCUAUUUCAUCAUUUCCUUCAUAUUUUCCUCUUAUAAAAAAUGUAUUUGAUACUGCGAUAUGUUCAUGAAAAAUAUUCUUUUAUCUUUGUUUUGUAGAGCUAUUUAUCAUGGAUAUUUCUGCUGCCAGUCACAAUCUAAAUUAAUUUUGGCAAAAGAUUAGGUACUUAGUUUCCUGUUACUAAGUCAGCUCUACUCUUCUGGACCAAAGCAACAUGAGAGCAAGUACUUUUCACACCUGUUAGGAUGGAGUCACAACUGUCAUACAUUUGGAAUAUUAUGAUCCCAACUAGUCUUUAUAUAAUUUGAAUUACAUUGUGUUAGAUUUUUGAUAAAAUUUGGCCAAUUUUUACAGAAGAAAUUAUUUCCCUGAUCAUUUAGUCCUAUCUAUUUAGAAAUAUGUAAAAUUGGAUUUUUUUUUAAGUAAUAUGUGACCAAAGUUAAGUUUGUCCCGAAGGUCUAAAUAAAGAGCAGUUUCCCAUAUUUGACUGUGAUACCUUUAUCCUCAUCUACAAAUGAGGAACAGGCUUACUGAUAAGAAGCUGAAACAAGAAAUUCUCUUCAUUUUAUUCCAGUGCUAUUUUAUUAAUUACUAAAAACUAUUACUUUCUAAUUUUAUUACUAUUUCUGUUGAUGUGAGAAUAGAAUCAUCUGACUGCUAUUACGUGGUUGAUUUGUACAGCUGAUUAACACAGAUUGCAUUAUGAACUAGUAAAUGGAUCUUUGGAUAAUUGGGUCCAAAUUCUUAAUGUUUAUAAUGAACAAGUUAAAAGGCUUUAGUCAAACCUGUUUGUGAGCUGAACUAUCAUCCAUCUAGAUACUUAAAGAACGUAUUUGGAGUGUUGGAGUUUUUCAAAAUUAUUAUUUUGUCACUCUGAAAUUUAGAAUAUGUUAAAAAGAAAUUUAACAACUAGAACAGGUGAUUUCUGGUUGACGAUAGACUCCAUCUUGCAAUUUUAAAUUUCUCACAUCUUUGAAAAAUAGGUGCUACCCUUUAUAGUAAAAUAUUCAAUCACUUGAUGGUAGACAAUAUGUAUGACAUUUAACAAAUACUUUGUUUGAAAAAGUUUGGCUUUAUUCAACACCCACUAAUUUCCAAAUGUCUAGGAUUGCUUAUUAUAACUAAGUCGAAAGUGAAGAUUGCUUUUUAUUUAAGAAUGGGAUAGAGAUGAGUAUUACAGUUUUUUUUCCAAGACGGGGUUUCACCACGCUGGUCAGGCUGGUCUUGAACUCCCGACCUCUGGUGAUCUGCCCGCCUUGGCCUCCAAAGUGCUUGGAUUACAGGCAUGAGCCACCACGCUCGGCCUGAGUAUUACAAUUUUUAAGAGUAUUUUCAUCUCCGUAUAGAGAAAUCCAGAUUUCAGUUAAUUCAUGUAUUGGGUGUUAACAAAAUUCAGGGUUGAAUUUACGUUUAUUCGUCCAUAUGGCCUGGUUUCCUGACACCCAUUAAACAUCAUGCUAUCUUUUAAGUAUGAAAGAAAUUAGAAGGCAACUGAUGUCAACUUGUCUUGGUGUCCAUACUAGAAAGUAUCAGAAAAAUAAAAAUAAAAAGAAAACAAAGUAUCAGGAAAAUACAGCUUAUUUUUGUGCUGUGAAACACCAUUCAGUGGAAAGUUUAUUGGCAACUUUUCCAUAUUAUUCAUAAUUUAAUACCUGAAAUACACUUAGUUUAAAUGUUUGCUGAUACCCAAGUGUUUACUUGUACCCAUAACCUAACAGUCGUCUAUUGAAAAGAAUGUUUUCAGAUACAGAUUGCAAUGCUGUUUGUAUUAAUAGGCAAAAGUCCUCCAGAAUAAUUUUUUAAAUCUAGGGGAAUUGAAGGUACAGAAAAAAAGUGUCUGGAAUGCCUGAACCAUAGUUUGAGAGCAGAAAGGUCACAUUCUUUGAGUAAAUUGGGGGGAAAUAAAUUUCAGCUACCUGGUUCGCUUCAGUGACUACUUAUACACAGGCCUUUGAUUCCAUUACUUUUCUCCACCACAACCACAUCCUGUAUAC